UUGCCAUAGUUCCAAUUUCCGAAGCAAAGGCCCAGCCAGCAGUGAAGAAGGAAGUUCAGAGUUACGUAAGUGUUCCCAUGUCGUGUUUACAUGGAUAUAUCUCACACAAUUCAGCUGAAUAAAGUGUAACUGCGUCUUCAAAUCGACUGAUAGUCCUCCUGGAGAGGACAGGAUGUCUCUCACCAAGACCAAGGCUGAUGGGGUCACUGUGCUCACCUUAACCUCAGACCCCCAAAGUCUUUGUCCCCCAUUUUGCCAAAUUCUUAAGAGCCGUUGCUACAGCCCCCCAUGUUGCGACUUAUCUAAGCACCUGAAGAGGGUCCAGGGAACUUCUCAGUCACUCCUGGGGGCUCUGCAAAUUAUGAUUGGCUUGCUGAACAUUGGUCUUGGAGCCAUCCUCACUGGCAACGCCCCUUCCUGGCAAAAGUUUAACUACCUCUUUCCUUUUUGGUUAGGAGGCAUGUUCAUUUUCUUUGGUGCCAUGUGCAUCUUGUCUGAGAAGUGCCCAAGACCGUGGCUGGUCAUCCUCACUGUGAUUCUGAAUCUAUCAGGAGUUGGUUUUGCCAUCGCCGCCAUUAUUCUCUACAGCAUCUAUAUGGUUGUCGUUGAUGUGCGGUGGCUUUGUGAAGCAGAUAAUUAUGAGUAUGACUUAGAUCAUACAGCGACUCCUCUGGAGAAGAUCAUGACAGAGAAAUGCUACGAGGCGGAAAUGAUGGUUAUGGACCUUUGGAGAAGCAUUUUCACCUUUCUGAUCAUGCUGUCGGUCCUUGAGUUCUGCAUCGUCAUCAGCUCUGCCGUCUUGGGGAUCAAGGCUCUGAAGUUCACUAACAAAGGAGAAAACAAGAGCCCUGAUGACUCAGAACACUACAGACAACUGCAGGAGGCGGACGUUACCAGGAACCCUACGGUCUAAUGAAAGUCUCGACUUUGUGCUUUUAGUUACAAGGUACUCAAACAUUCUCCUGAGCUUUUAUACCGUUAACAUCAAAUAAUGUAAUAUCUGUCUGUUCUUACACAGCUUCCUUAAAUAUUUGCACUUAUAUUUGAGAUUGUUUUUAAAUGAUAUGCACCUUAUCAUUCUGAAUAUGCUGCUCUCCAUUUCAUUCCCUUGAACUUAUCGUUUUUAUACAGAUUUAUAGAUCAGCCAACGUGCCUUAUAGUCAGUGUGUUUGUAGCUGGAAGUGUGGUUCAUUCAUGUAGGUGACACAGAUGGACUGCUUUUUUUAAAUUAGUCUUUUUUUAAACAUUCAUUCAUUUGGAAGAUAAAAUCAUCCAAAUCAUAAAAUCAAGAUUGUUAAAUGUUGGAUUUCUGUUUGCAUGUCUGAUCUUGUCAGUUGGACUCUUGUUUCGAAUAUGCCUGUAAACAGUUCAUAUUUACGCAUUUAUUUUCUAUUUGUUUAUUAAUUCACAGUAAACAUAAUUCUUUUUCAUGACUUUUGAAAUACAACAGAAAAUACUGUAUAUCAUUUUUUUAUUCCUAAUGAAAACAGACCUAUUCAAGCCACAUCCCCAUAGGGCUGGGUAUUGUUCAAAAAUGUUCGAUACCGAAACCGAUACCUUGACUUUGAUACCGAUUCCUAAAUGAUACUUUUUUUGAUACCAAUUUUAUGAAAUUCAUUUUAACAAAAAAACAUUAAAUUACACAUUAUGAUACAAAUCUUUGGGUUUUUUUUCAGCUCCAUGUCAUUUUAAAACAUUCAAAGCAGUUUCAUAACAUGAGAAAAUAAACCAUUUUACCAUAAUGUGGUUUCACUUCACGAUGCAAACUGUAGUCAAGCCUCUCAAAACACAACAACAGACACGCUGCAUGCUUAUUGGCUCACUGACGCUGAUGAUAGGUAUGAUAGGUAUCGAAAUUUGGUAUCGAAUGAAAAGCCAUUUUUCGAUACUCUGUAGUAUCGAAGCAAUUCGAUCCUUGCCAAAAAAGUAUUGAAUUCGAUACCCGCCUUCAGGCCUACUACUUCAUCAACAGUCUAUGGACUGGCAGUGACUAAUAAUUUCAUUUUUUUUCAAUAGCACCUAUUGUUUUUGUUUUAUACCUAGUUAAUGUAUUCAAGAAUAAAUGAAUGAUAAACGUGUGUUAAAUCAGGGGUUACCAUACUUUACCAUACCAAGGAUCCACAUAUAGCAGCAGCCUCUGAUGGAGACCCCCUUCAUCAAUUCUUUUUUUUAAAUCCUUUGUACUACAUUUUGUUGCCACAUUGAGGGAAUUCAACCAUCUGAAGAAGUAGGCAUCUGUGUUCUCCUUGUCCAAAGUUCAGAGGGACCGAAUCAUUGUGAUUUUUUUCUAUCAAAUUGGUGAUGCCUAGCAAGAGAAGAUUGUGGGAUAUUUUCUUUUCAAGAUGCCAAAUAUCAGAAAUUAAACAUACAAAUGAUUGUCUAGCCACACCCCGGAUGAGUAGCACGGCUGUGCACGGGGCACCCAUCAAUUCUAAACAUUCAAAUGAUUAGAGUCACUAACAAUUAAUUAUCAUGUUAAUCAGUCAUUAUAUUCAAAUGUCUGUUUUUGUAAACAAUGGCUUAUCAUUUCUGUCUAAGCAAUAAUAAAACAGUUAUAUUAACAGUAAA